CCACUAAAUUUCAGGUACUUUUUUUUGUAAUUUCCAGACAUUUAUAUGUCGAGAAAAAGACUAAAAAACCCGCGCCCUCGCAUUGCCAUCGCCCAUUGACUCUCUGUGUGCUCUUAUCUUUCUCGAGGCAAGCUUCUCUGGACAAUCGGGGUAUGGAUACAUCAAAACCUGCAAUUUUUGUUAAUGGAGGACUGUUGCCCAUGCAUGUGCGGAAGAGGGUCCGGACUGUCGUUCAGGUUAUCGGAUCUGAUCGUGGAGCUGUAAUAGGAAAAUCAACAGAUGACCAACAGCUUUCUGUUAAAGGCACCCCACCAUCUGUUCCUCUUACAAAUUUUGUUGAGGUUAUUGGCAUUGCUGACAGUGAAAAAUCCAUCCAAGCUGAAAUAUGGACCAACUUUGGGGACACAUUUGAUACAUAUUCCUACAACCAGCUUUGUCAGCUUGCAAAUGGUGAAUGUCAGCUCUUGUUCCUCUGAGGUGUAUUGGCUUUAUUUGUAGUGAAGUUUUGAGGUGCUUUUGGUCCUCGAUGUAACUAGAUGUCGAUGUCAAUAAAUUUGGCUAGUUUUGAAU